CCGGGGAAUAGAGAAAUAACAGGGACUUGACUGGACAGACAGCUGCAGGCACUCUGCAGAGUGGAGAAGGGCCUCGGCAGCAGCAUCAUUUCUUCCAUCCACGAGACAAGACGGGGGAGUGCGCCCACCGUGUUGCGGGUGUAUGUGCGUGCGUUUGUCUCCCGCUUUGGAUCACGAUGAUGCAAAGUGCGGCGGUCCUACCGACAGAGAGUCCUGUGAAGAGUUUGCCGGAGAUUCUCGGAGUGCCACUGCAACAGAUCCCUCAGUGUGCGGGCUGUAGUCAGCACAUCCUGGACAAGUUCAUCCUGAAGGUGCUGGACAGACACUGGCACUCCAAGUGCCUCAAGUGCGCCGACUGCCAGACCCCGCUGGCCGACAAAUGCUUCUCCCGGGCAGGGAGCGUCUACUGCAAGGAGGACUUCUUCAAGCGUUUUGGAACAAAAUGUGCGUCAUGCCAGCAGGGCAUCCCUCCGACACAAGUUGUGCGCAAGGCACAGGAUUUUGUGUAUCACCUGCACUGCUUUGCCUGCAUCAUGUGCAGCCGACAGUUGGCCACCGGGGAUGAGUUUUACCUCAUGGAAGAUGGGAGGCUGGUAUGCAAGGUGGAUUAUGAGACAGCAAAACAAAAUGAUGAUUCAGAGGCGGGGACCAAGCGACCAAGGACUACCAUCACCGCUAAACAGCUGGAGACCCUGAAAAGUGCCUACAAAAACUCUCCCAAGCCGGCACGCCACGUCAGAGAGCAGCUGUCUUCGGAAACAGGACUGGACAUGAGAGUAGUGCAGGUUUGGUUUCAGAACAGACGGGCAAAGGAAAAGCGUCUGAAGAAAGAUGCAGGCCGCCAUCGCUGGACUCAGUUCUACAAAAGUGUCAAACGCAGCCGAGGUGGAACUAAAGUGGAGAAGGAGAGCUCAGCUGACGACGCAGGACUCAGUGACAGUGAGCUGAGCUUCAGAGAUGAUCAGGUCCUAUCGGACCUCGGCCACACCAACGGGCUUUAUGGGAGCGUUGGUGACGUGACCAGCAGUGGCGUGCUGAAUGGCAGCUUCUCCGUUGACGCGACCGGACAACCCUUUCACGACAUCCGAGCCGGAAGCCCUUAUGGUCUCCCACAGUCGCCCUCCUCCAUCGCCUCUCUGCCGGGCCACACCCCUCUCCUCAACAACCUGGGUUUCAACAUGGACAAUCUGGUGGCACAGGGCGGUCCGGGAGGCGUGGGACAGGCUCUGAGGGCAAUGGCAGGAGGGCCCACCUCUGACCUCUCCACAGGCAGCAGUACAGGAUACCCUGACUUCCCCACUAGCCCCGGCUCGUGGCUGGACGAGAUGGACCAUUCCCAGUUUUGAGUCUCAUUUGUGGGGACACGUGAAAACAGACUUAGAAGACUUUUUACCUUUCUUUGUAACGCCCUCCAAAAUCAGUAUGUUUCAUGAGGCUGGAAGAUGAAAAGAAGAAGAGGAGACGUCUGACUGCGCAUCCUCACGGCACUCAUGAUGGUGAGAUAACGGUCGAGUCAGGAUGUGUGACAAAAGCAGCGAAAAACACCUCCACACUGAAUGUUCAAUCCCAACACUGUAUUAUAUGAUUUUUUUUUUUUUUUUUUUUUUUUUUUUUUUUUGUGAUCACCUGACUUCAUUUUCUUUAUUCACUCUCUGGACAUGAGACUGGAUUUUGACCAUGUGUGUGGAUCACGCUCACAAGGGUGAAAAUGUCGUCUCUUCUGCUGAAAUAAGUCGAACAUGUACAACAUUAGGGCUACAAUCGAGAUCAGAGUCCUUACAAGACCCAGGAGGCACCUGCAUGCUUCUGAUUCAUAAUGAGUAGAACUGCUGUCUGGCCAUACUGAAGCCUUUCACAUUGGCAAUGCACUUUACUCUCCUCCUCUUUUUCUACAAAUGGACAGGAGUACCGAGAGAGAAAGAGAGAAAGAGGAGAGACAUAUGCACAAGGCAAAUACAGUGUUUCAUUGGGAGAGGAAUUUACAAGAACUGUGGCACAAGUGUGAAUUUUGAACCAUGCUGAUGUUUUUUAAAUGUAUUGCUGAAGCUUACAAGUUGUUAGGAAGUAGAUGGCCGUUGGUCAGUCCGUAUGUCGUCCGUCUGUUCAUAGAGGCCGACGCCUCCCCUUGUUUGACUGAGGGUGAACACUGUUUGCUACACAGCAGGUCUCUCUUCUAUGUUUAUAGGUGCUUGACUUAUUCUUGUCUGUGGAACAGCUGCUGGAGUGCAGACUUCUGUCAGUAUUAAAUUACCCCUGACUCGCCAAGAAUCAAAGCUUAUGUGUUUGAAGACUGUCAAGGCAUUUUAUGUUUGAGAAAUUCAGCUCUGACCACAUCACAU